AUGAAGAGACUUGCUACUACUCUUAGUAGUUGGUCUAGAAAUCAGUUUGGAGACAUCUAUGCAAAGGUUAAAGAUUCUGAGGAGGAAGUUAGACAAGCUGAAAAUAACCUGAUCAACAUGAAUUCCAAUGAAAACAGGUCUAAGCUUCAUGCCAUCAAUGCUGAAUACAUUAGAUACCUGAAAAUGGAAGAUGUUAUUCUCAGACAGAAGACUCAACUACAAUGGUUCAAAGAAGGUGAUAUGAACUCUAAAUAUUUCCAUGCUAUGAUUAGAGGUAGGAGAAGAAAACUAUACAUUCACAGGAUCCAAAAUGAGGGUGGCUCUUGGGUUCAAGGUGAUGCUGAAAUUGCUGAAGUAGCUUGUGAGCACUUUCAACAAAUGUUUACUGGGGAGGAGAAGUAUAUCCAGAAAAAGGCCCUUCAAUGUAUCCCUCAUAUGGUUACUGAAAAGAAAAAUGAACAACUCCAAGCCUUGCCUUCUAUAGAGGAACUGAAGACUGUUGUGUUUGCCAUGAAUCCCAAUUCAGCUGCUGGACCUGAUGGGAUGAAUGGAAAGUUUUUCCAAAAUAUACUGGGAUAUCAUCAAGGAAGACCUUCUUAA